UGUUUUACCACACCCAAAUAUUUUUCCCAAACACAUGUAGAUCGCCUCGUCGGAAACAACAAUUACUUUGAGUAACAAGAAACAGCGGUGUGAAAGAAAGCCAAGGACACAAAACGCAAGGAUGAAUAAGAAGAAGAGCGGCGGCGGCGAUGGUGUCGGAAAGAAAUCGGCAACGGAAGCCAGUAUUGAUGAAGUCGAAGAGCUUUUAAAACUGACCCAAGACGACCUUCUUCUCAAACUCACUGUCAAUUCUCAUCUCACUUCCAAACCCAAUUCCAAUUCCAAUUCCAUACCCGAUUUAUCAUCAUCAUCGUCAUCAUCAUCAAAUAUCGACACAGAUCUUGACCGUCGAUUUCAAGCACUAAGAUCGAAAAAGCCGGAACCCCAAAAUGUUGAUGAUCUGUUUACUCGAUUUGCUGCUCUGAAAGGCGGUGCUAAUGCAACGCCUGCUGUUGAUUCUAAUUAUGGAAUUGGUGAUGAUGAUGAAGAAGAAGAAGAUGAGGUUCAGAAGAUUAUUAAUUGGGCUGUUGAUGCUGCCAGACUUGACCCUUCUCCUUCUUCCGAUAUCGAUGACAACGAUGAUAGCGAAAUAGAUUCGGAUUCCGAUUCUGAUUCUGAUGAUGAACAAGAAGUUGUGAGGAAAGUUGAUUGUAAAAAGAAAGGGUUAAGAAAAGAUGCUGUUGUUAGUAAAGUUGACAGUAAAAACAAAGGAUCAAAAAAGUGAAUUUGGGGUAACAUUUGUUAUUGAUUAGGAGUUGUAAUUUACUUAGCAAAUGAAGCAAUUACUGAUUAUUUGAAAGUGUUAAUUCACAAUGUGUUAUCAA